AUGGAAUCGAUUAGAGGAAAAUCUUCGACAGAAUUGAAUUUUCCCGUUGUGUCCAACAAAUUAAUUUGCUUUCAAAGUGUUCUGCUAGAACUUCGUCGACAUUUCCGUCCCUGGCUGCAUUCAUCUGAUACUCAUUGGAUUCAACAAGCGUUUUCUUAUGCAACAAUCAGCUCCGAAGGAUUGGAUAUAUACAUUUCGAUGUCACAUGAUACUUUCAAGACUAAUAUUGCAUUUUCUCUGUUCUAA